AGGUACGAAUUUGCACCCGCUCGUAUAAAUAUGCCGCGAUGCUAAUAUACCGGCACAAGUAGGUGAUUCGUAAGGUUGGGCUGACCGCUUCUAAACAUGUAUAGAUUUACGGUGGUCGUUUUAACAUUAGUUGCCAUUGCGGCGGCUACCCCAGGAUAUGGUACCGGCGGCAGCCUGGGUGGUGGCAGUAGCGGUACAGGCUUUGGCAGCAGUAACCAAGGCGGAUUAGGCGGUGGAAGCCAAGUUGGAUUUGACAGCCAAAGCGGAUUGGGAAGCCAAGGUAGCCGGGCCCAAGGUAGCCUAGGUGGAUUAAGCGGUCAAGGUGGCUUGGGCGGAUUAAGCAGUGGGGUUCAAUUUGGAUCUGGCAGCCAAGGCAGCCUAGGCCAAAGUAGCCAGAGUGGAUUAGGCGGCGAGAGCCAAUUUGGAUCUGGCAGCCAAGGAGGACUCGGAAGCCAAGGCGGAUUAGGUAGCCUAGGAAGUCUGGGCCGAGGUAGCCAAGGUGGAUUAACCAACCAGGGUGGUUUGGGCGGAUUAAGCGGUGGGAGCCAGUUUGGAUCUGGCAGCCAAGGUGGACUAGGAAGCCAAGGUAGCCGAGGUGGAUUAGGCAGUGGAAGCCAAGUUGGGCUUGGAAGCCAAAAUGGAUUUGGAAGCCAAGGUAGCCAAGGAAACCUAGGAUUAGGCAGUCAAGGUGGUCUGGGCGGAUUUGGAUCUGGCAGCCAAGGUGGAUUCGGCAGCCAAAGUAACCAAGGCAGGUUAAAUAACCAAGGUAGCCAGGGCCAAAGCAGCCAAGGUGGAUUAAGCGGUCAAGGCGGUCUGGGCGGAUUAGGCGGUGGGAGCCAAUUAGGAUUUGAUAGCCAGGGCGGCUUCGGAAGCCAAGGAUUCGGUGGUCAAGGAAGUCAGGGAGGAUUUAGAGGCCAAGGUAGCCAGGGUAGAUUUGACAGCCAAGGUAGUCUGGGAGGGUUCCGUGGACAAGGAAGCCAGGAAAGAUUUAGAGGGCAGGGCCAGGAUGGCUUUAACAGCGGAGAGGGAGGAAUCGGCAUACGGGGAAGCGUGGGAGGAUUCGGUGGCCAGGGAGGAUUUAGAGGCCGAAGCCAGGGCAGAUUCCGCAAUGAAGGCCGAUUUGAUAGACCAAGCGGAUUAAGAAGACAAAAUCGAUACGGCAGCGGCGAACGAGGGUAUGAUUCGUUCGAGGAUUCCAACGAAUAUAGUGACGAAGAAGGUAAAUAAGUAAUAGCCUACGUACAUAAGUCCUUUGUUAAGUAAGAUAUAGUUUGUAAGUUGCUUAAAGAAAUAAAUGAUUGUGAUAA